AUGGGAAAGUUCAGAAAAUAUAACAAUAAGGAAAAUAUAAUAAUGGAAGAAAAGUUGGAAGAUGGAAAUUUAUAAUUAUUAAGGCCAAAUGAAUAAGAUAUUAUCAUAUAAGUUUUCUUUGCCUAAAACCUUUUAGUUCCAGUGGAUCGUAUAAUGAUAAUCAACUUUAAGCAUAAAAAAUGGUUUAUUUUAUUUGAAAGAUUUGCUAAUUAUGAAUCUAUUUUGGCUGAUCAUGGAGAAUAUAAGCAUGGAAAAAAGUAGGAAUUUUGGAAAUAAAAGAAAAAUAAAAUAUUUGGUAUUAUUAAAUUGAUUUUGAAGGGAAAUUAUAGAGCCGGAAUAAAAUUGAAAAGUGGUAUCCUUAAAAGCAUUCAACGAGGAAGACUUGACUCUCGGAGGAGCAGAAUUUAAUCAAUAUGGAUCAAGGGUGAUUAAUGGGGAGCUUAAUUUAGGUGA